CCCCAAUUUAGCGACUUUUUGAAAUUGCCGACUAUCAAAAAUUCCAAGCGGCCCGCGCAACACCAUCAACUUCGUCGUCGUCAAUCCCACGUAGUCGAACCAGCCGUCAAAAUGAGCGCCCAGGCCCUUAACAAGAUCGCUCCCAACAGCCCUUCGAGGCAGAACCCCUCCGAGCUUGAGACCAGCAUCGCUCAGGCUCUCUUCGACCUCGAGUCCAACACCUCCGACCUCAAGGUUGCCCUGCGACCUCUGCAGAUCGUCUCUGCCCGUGAGAUCGAGGUUGGCCACGGCAAGAAGGCUAUUGUCAUCUUUGUCCCCGUCCCUUCCCUGCAGGGCUUCCACCGCGUCCAGCAGCGUCUCACCCGUGAGCUCGAGAAGAAGUUCUCUGACCGCCACGUCCUGAUCCUCGCUUCUCGCCGCAUCUUGCCCCGCCCCAAGCGAUCCGCCCGCUCUCGCAACACCCAGAAGCAGAAGCGCCCCCGUUCGCGAACUCUCACUGCUGUCCACGACGCCAUCCUCGAGGAUCUCACCUACCCCGUCGAGAUCGUCGGCAAGCGCGUCCGCACCAAGGAGGACGGCUCCAAGCUCCUCAAGGUCAUCCUCGACGAGAAGGAGCGUGGUGGUGUUGACUACCGCCUCGACACCUACUCUGAGGUCUACCGACGUUUGACAGGCCGCAACGUCAACUUCGAGUUCCCUCAGAGCGGUCCCGCCGACUACUAAGUCUGUGCGUUACCUUUUUCGAGAUGAAAUAGAAGAAAUGACUAUUUUUCCCUGAUUCGGGCUGGGAGUGUUUUUCACAAAUGGUUGGUUGGUCAAAAAAGGGGCUUGGCGUCUUAAAGAAAGUAGCUUGAUAAAUGUUACAAGCAAGCUGCGUAUGAUUUGACAAGACAACUUAAACACUUCUUCCCGUCCAUGACUUCGUCCAAUUAUUGGGUAUCUAGAUCUAUCUCUCAUGUGCAUGCCUUUUCUAUCUUUAAUCGUGACUGAUGCGGCCAACUCCAAGCACACACCAAUAAGCCAGCUCCCUCCUUUCCUGAGCAUCCUUUUCCUUUGCAGAUGCUGCACCGACGUCUUGCUGAGAGUCAGGCUCCCAUUCCAUCCUCACAAACAUGGGUAUCUCCAGAAUAUCCUCAUCCUCCUUCAAUGGACUCUUGUCCUUUUGACCGUCAAGUCGGAGUGAAGCCGGAACCACUUCCAAGAUGAUGCUGACCCAGUUGCGCCCUCGCUCCCAAAUCUUACCGGCUUCAGGCUGACCACUGCUCUCUUCACCUUUUCGCUUUUUGUCUCUGUCAUCGUCCUUCAGAGCAUCAUCCCACAUAUCCGUGUUGGCAUCAAUAUCGAAUUGAGGACAGAGAAUAGUCACUUUGCUGGAGAACCUGCCAGGUGUACUGUUUGGCGUAGCAAGUGUGACCUUGAUUCCAUCGAACAAAGGGUUCUUGAAGGUUAUGAUGUAGUGAUGAGGGGUGAGGGGCUUGAGCGGUCGCUCUUCUAGAGUUUGAGGACGCUGCGUGGUAGGGACUGUUCCAGCUGUGGGGUUGAGAGGCUUGAUGGUGAUCGUAGGGAUAUACGACUUUGCGACAAGUCUGAUCUUGAACCGUGUCGACGUGACCUUAUUUUCUGGCUUGGAGAUAAUAUGCCGACACACAGAGCAACGCUUAGAGCGCUUCGUUCUGAGGAGAUGUGGUAUAGGCCGUAAACCAUCCUGGAAUCUCUGAACCUCUGCUUGUUCAAGGUUCUGCUGUAUAGUAGCCGUAGCAUCCCACCCCUCCUGGUGCAGUUUCUUGAUCUGAGCUGAUUCAUCCAGAUCCGCCAACUUCAGACCUUCCUCUGCCGAAAGAGCCUCACGCAUAACAUCUGAAGGACCAUUGCGCUUGCGGGCAUGUCCGUGACCAGUAUACAUAGCCAUGAUACGAGACAACGACGCUGCAGGCGAUCCAUAGCCGGUAGUGUCAUUCAGUGGAGAUAUGCCGCUCGAGGCAGCAUUUGUAUCUGCGAGCUGCGACUGGUAGAAUGACUUCAAAUUGGCAUACUGAAGAUCUGUAUCGACAUCGCUGUCGGCAAGAGGUGGCUCAUCUGGGUUCUCCUUGCGACGCUCCUUGAGUUCUUUCGCCGUGAGCUUGAGAUCUCCUCCAUUGUUGAUCUUGGAGAGCUGUGAGUGAAUACCGUUAGGCUUGUCAAACUUGAUGCCUAUCUCGGUGGAGGUCCAGUUGCAGUACUGGCAAUACAGUGCGUAUUGAGGCCCUGGGAUGUCGGCGCCAAGGUGUGACUGGUCUUUCUCCACAGGUGUUUCCAUAACCUGGAGAGGACCAAUACACACGGGACAUUGGUAACAGCUUCGGGUACAUCUAU